AUGCCCAGCACAACUGAGGCUUGCGAUGCUCGGGACCCUCUCUCGGUGGGAACCGAAGCAACCAAGGCAAAAGAGCCAAAUUUGCCUUCCACUGCAACUGACAGCGGUGACCAUCCGGAGGAUCCCCAAGAUGGAUCGCCAACUGAAGUCUCAGACCCCACUGUGAACAUGCCGAAAUGGGUUGCACCACCAAAUGGAAAUCAUGCAGUGCCAUUUUGCGAUGCAGCUCAAACCAUGCCCAUUCGACCUGAACCAACUCAGAUGUCCGACAGUGCCAUUUUGCAGCCAGAAUGCCACGAAAGCGCCCCAACAAAGGAGGACAGUGUGAACAUUUGUCCUUCGGCGACCGCCACCCCAAAGGUUGACCCGCCCACCCCUUUUCAGGCCAUGCCUCUUCCACGUUUAGGGUGUGGAGGCCCCUCCCAUGGUGACAUGACUGAGAUCAUUGGUGGCAGUCUGCAAGCACCUGAAGUGAUUGGCCAAACAACACCCAGUGCAUGCCCAGACCAAGUUCCUUUACCGAAUUUUGCAUUCGAUGUGGGCUCUUUGGCCUUGACAGCUGAGCCUUCAGUUUUCAGACCGCAUGACAAGAGCCCUCCUGAACAGACCUUGCCAUUGCCUCGCCUGUACAGGAAUCACCCGGGUAGGAACCAACAUCCGAGCAUUGGUGUACAUAGAUCUUGCAAUCUCACCACUAGACCAUCUUUGACCGAACUGCUUGCCUUGCAUGACAAGAUUGAUCAUGACCACACGCCAUGCCAGCCAGAUUUGCCUUGCCAGACAGGAGAACCUUCGCCUGGGCAUGGAAUGGAAGUACCUGACCCAGAAGGACCAUCCAUCUAUGAGACGAGAGCCCUGCAAGCCGUGGAGCCAGAUGUUGCCAAUGCCAAGCCCAGUUGCAGCAGUGUGAUUGAACAUGAUGACCCUCCCACCCUCUUUCAGGCCAUGCCUCCACCACGCUUAGGGUGCGGAGGCCCCCCCCAUGAUGUUCCCGCAGAGAGACAGGCAGAGCUCAUGACAAUUCAUGCUGUUGACAAAUCCUUGACAGAACAUGUUGCCUUGCAUGACAUGAAUAAUCCUGAUCGCACACCAUGCCAACAAGACCUGCAUUGCCAGUCAGUGGAUCUCUUGCCUAGCCAUGGAAUGGAAGUAUCCGACCCAGAUCGAACGCACACCCGUGUGGCUAGAACUCUCCAAGCCGCAAUGCCUGAUGUUGCAAAUGUCAAGUCCUGUUGCAGCAGUGUAGCAGAGCAUGAUGACCCACCCACCCUCUUUCAGGCCAAGCCUCCACCACGCUUAGGGUGCGGAGGCCCCUCCCAUGAUGCCCCCACAGAUGGAGAAGCAGAUUCCGCAACAGAUCACGCUGUUGCCCAUGGAAUGCCUGAGUACAUGAACGUUUUUGUCAAGCAUGAGCAUUCGAUACAUCCGAUCCCAUGCACAGUCCCGGUAGAUUGCACGGCAGGUACUCUGACCAAAGCUGAAGCUGCCUUGAAAUCAAUGACGAUGCCCAUUGCACCAAGAUCUCUGGUAGGUACUCAUCUACCUUUGGACAGCAAGCUGCAUCCGGAUCAAUACGUGAUGAUAUACCAGAAUUUUCCCAAGAGCAACAAGUGCCCAUUCUUUUCAUCAAGAUUUGUGCAACCGAUGCAACCGGUUUCAAAAGUCUUGCCUUGCACGAGACUUGAAGCUCUCUGGCAUCAAGAAGCCUGGGUUGCCAAUGAUGAAAUGAAUUACUAUCUAGAAGCCACCAUGGUCCACGACAAGGCCUUCCCUUUUCCAGCAGCCGUUUUCAUGAGUGAGGCAGACGCUGAAGAGACUGCAUCAGAAUGGCUGGACCUGGCCAUCAAUGCACUUGAUGAUUCCAAGCCUUGGUGUUCAGCAGCCAUCAUUGCUUGCCAUUGGGUUCCUGUUGUCAUCACACAUCUCCCUCAAGUGAUCGAGUUCAGUACCACCCCGGAAGGGUCCUGCUUGAUUCAACUUGCAUCUAACCUAGUUCAUGCAAGAGGGAAAACUAUUGAAGUCAAACAAACUUUGCUUCCUCAAGCUUUCCCAGCGGAUUGCGGUUUUCAAACAUUGGCCUGGUUGGUUGCAAGACUUCAUGAUGAGCAAGCCGAAGCCAUCUCACCAACCAAGGCAGCCCUGUGGAGACAGUUGUUCAUCCGCCAGCUUUGCCAACAAGACCUGGAGCACCAAAUCAUCCAUCAUCUCCCUUUGGGAGGCACCAAGCUUGACGCUGCUGACAUGAGUAAGUUCAUUGGACUCCUCACUCAACAUGGAGUUAUGCCUGAACGAGCUAAUGAGAGAGCCAACAUGAUCCUUGCCCAAAUCCCUGCCAACAACAUCAAGAACAUCCUGGCGUCGCACAGACCUUGGCCAGACCUGAAAGCGGCAGCCAACAGUGUCAGGCCACAGAUCAAGCUGAUUUUGCCUGAUGAAUUGAACCAGCAGAUUGCCCACAGAGCAGAACAGCGGAAGUAUGGCAAAAAGACAUCCGCACAGAGACGUCAUGAACCAGCCAAAAUCGCAGUCACAGUGCAAGCGUCAGAACUUCUGGUGCCACAAGGAGUCUUCAAGCAGCAUGAUGGAACAGUGCUUGGACCCAUCCAGAUCGGUGACGUUGGGCCAGCUGCCAAAGGAGUCCUACUUCUUGACCAAGCAGACUGUGAAUCAACUCUUCGCUUACCCAAGCCAGUGACUCAGAAUGGACUUGCAGUGAUUGUACUCGCCACCAAAGACAAUGAGGAUAUGCACCAAAUCCAGCCCACCAGAUUUCCUGCAAUGUGCAUUUCGACACAGGAACCGCUCAUUGCCUCAGGGUACAUGUACCAAUUGGGUAAUCAAGAAGUCAUCCGACAUGGGCCAAAUACCAAGCUUGCCAUUGAAGAACAACCGACAGAAGCCAUGAGAUGCCUAGUCUUCAAAGACCAAGCAGGGGACUUUUGGGAUCAGUUGCAAACACAACCAGUGAAGCAGAUCUUCCAAACCGAGCCAUUGCUUGCCACGACGCCAGGCUCAGCCUCCGUUGUCAUUGAUGUCUGGGAUCGACAAUGGGUUUCUAAAAAGUUUGAAAAGGUCCGACCAGUCAAUGCCGAAGUUUUCAUGUUCUCAUUGAGAAUGCUGGCAGACAAGGCCGAUGAACUUCUUGGCAAAAGUGGACAAGCAGGAGUGUAUUGGGAACCACGCUCCCCUUGCGGGCGCUAUCCCAAUUCAACAUACCAUGUGACCUGGCUUUCGCAGAUGUCCUACCAGGACGCCAAAUACGCACAACAAACAUCCCCGCAAGUCGCCACUUUGGCCAGACAUGGGGACAGAUAUGGACUUCGCAGUGACACCAUGAAUGCUCAGGCCAUCCAUGAUAAACACCGUCCUGACACUCCAUUGCUGAUGGGCCAAUCCAAGAUGCUCUAUGCUAUAGGUCCUUUGCCGUAUUCGACCACCAAAGCAGCACUCCAUAAGCUAUUGAAAGCUUGGGAAUGGGACGCACGUCCAUUGCAACCGAAAGGCCGUGCACAGGAUGGAAGUGGAAUCACAUGGCACAUCCAAGCUGUCGAAGAUCCAGGCCAUUGGGUUUACACGCUGCAACAUGGAGAUGUUUUGGUCACCAAGAUCCAUGACAUGAAAGCUCCGGCCUCAGUAAAGCCAUUCUCCAUUGUUGCCUCCAAAAAGACCUUGGAUCACCUGCAAGGAUCCGACCCAUGGAUUCACUAUGACCCGUGGCGCAAAGACGGAGCUGCGCAAUCGAAUGCACCAGCCAAAUCAGUUGCAGCCAAGCCACAGAGCGUUCCAGUCACGCAUGCACAGCUUGCUGCCAUGGAAGCCAGCCUUGACAAAAAGAUCCAACAAAUUGCCAAGCCACCUGAAGGAGAUUCCCCAAUGGAAACAGCCAGUUUUGAAGCCAGAAUCACCCAGUUGGAGCAUCAAUUCCAGCAAGUCCACGCCAUGCAAGUGGGCACCGACAAUCGUGUUGGCCAGCUGCAACACCAGCUGGAACAACAGAGCCAAGUGCUGGGAGAUCGCAUCGACGAAAAGCUCAACAGCCACAUGGAACGUAUCGAAAUGCUUCUCUACAAGAGAAGCAGACAUGAGUAUCCGGAAAUUCAAGCAGGACGCUGUCAUGUUGCAGCUGCCUAUGUCCAGACCAGAUGGAUCACUUGCGGUACCGUCUAUGGGUACAGUGAACGCUCACAUUGCCUUGAUGUUCAACAAAGCACGGGCCUCUUGCUCGAUGGCCUGACAAGUAAGGUAGUCGAGGGCUCACAUGGCCUCAGAAUCAUCACAGGAGACUGGAACCAAGAACGACAAAAUUUGCACCAAGCAGACUUUUGGGAAGCAAAGGGAUGGAUGGAAGCACAGCAGUUUGCGAUGCAAAGAUGGUCUGUUCCACCAAUUGCCACUUGCCGUAGAACCACCAUCAAAGACUAUGUGUUUUUAUCGCCUGAGAUCCAGCCGUAUGUGUGUGAUGUCCAGUUGGAUUGGUCGAGGUUCUCUGACCAUGCAGUUAUCCAAGUUCACCUGACAGACUUGGGCCGACCUGCACUUGUCCCAAUGUGGAGAAAGCCAACUGCCAUCGACUGGCCAACCAAACCGCAGCAUGUAGUCCAUUGGCCACACCAAGCUGAAUACAGUGAGAACACUGAUGAGUGGUAUCGCAACAUAUGGCACAAUGUUGAAAGAUAUGCCUCGGCACUUUGCCAGGCCAAUGACAGACCGAUCAAAGAUCCACUCCAAAUCUACAGAGACCUGCAGCGUGAACGUGCUGAACCUGUACAGACUAUUGUGGUUGAAGAAACCUUGCAAGUUACCAACACCAAUGCAAAUGAUGAUUCCACUGUCACCAUCACGCUUGACCAUGAUUUGCCCAUGGGUUUGCACAGUAUCCCCAUACAGGGAGUUGAAACACAGGUUCAAGUAUGCGACACCAACCAACUGCGAGUUCCAGCACCAGUUGCAGAAAGCAUCGCAGACCAGGUUGUUGUGCGCAAGGUUGAAGCAGAAAUUCCUGCUGUUCUACAAGCUUUUGAGCGUGAAUGGGCCCCAAGAUGGCAAAAGCAUGAUAACAUCAACUCGGAUCACUGGGAUGCCAUUGUAGGUUUCAUGCAACAUGCACUGCCAGAAAGACAUGCCAGUUUCCCGCCCAUCACAGCCAAAAUGUUGACCAAAGCAGUUGCCUCCAAACGCAAAUUUGCGGCAGUAGGUUUUCCUGAAGGCUGUGCGUUGAGCGUUGUGAGUAUGGCCAUUUGCAACAUCACCAUGGAACUUUGGAUGUUUUUCCGUUUUCCUUCAGUUCGACUUUGGUCGUUUGUUGACAAUAUUGAGUGCACCACUGAAAGCGCUGAAACAGCCAUCAAUGCCCUGCAAGGACUUAUUGAAUUCUGCGAUCUCAUGGACCUAAGCAUCGACCAGAGUAAGACCUACCUUUGGUCUACCUCGCCCACAGGUCGAAAAAUGAUCCUAGACAGCCAGAAUAACCGAAAGUUUUUUGCCAGGGAUCUAGGUGGUCACAUGAACUACUCCAAAAAGAGAACCAAUGUCACUGUGCAAGACAAGAUCCGGGAGUUUUCUCCCUUUUGGACCAGACUGGCUAGAUCUUGCGCCCCGGUGUCACAAAAAGAAAGGGCCCUCAAAGUGUCGGCCUGGCCCAAUAUCUUUUAUGGUGUAAGUACCAUUACCCUGGGUGCAAAUCACUACCAGAGACUCAGAUCACAGUGCACACGAGCGCUGAACACCAAUCAAACGGGAGCAAACCCGGACCUUCAGCUUGCUUGCAUCAGUCCACCUAUGACAGUUCAAGCUCACACCAAACAUGCCUUGCAGGAGACAGUUCUUGAUGAAUGGGCUGUCAAAGGUAAUGCCAUGGCGGACAUGUUUGCAGAAGAAGCUCGCCAACAUUUGACCCCUGCCUUCUGGCAGACUUGGAAAGCAGUACAACAACAUCAAUCAAACACUUGGAGUUUUGGCAAGGCGUUACACAAGUUGCUGGUCCAGAUUGGUAUACGAGCACAAGCAAGCACAAUUGUGACAGGUGUGCCAGGACCACAGGUGCAGGAACAAUCCGAAGUUUUGAACAUUGACCCAGGUAUUCUUGCACUUUCCCUGCGACAGGACCUUUCACCAAUGGCAGAAGAUGGACAGACAGAAGAGUUGACCAUGUGUACAACUAUCCUCAACAAGUUCAAUGGUUUGGACGCUACAUCCAAAACAUGGCCAAAGCCAACAAGGAGCCACUCCAUACUGACCAAAGACGGCCUUCGAGUUCGACACUGGCUUUCUGGUGUGGGUGCCUACGUGUUGCCAUACCCAAUCAAAGACUUUCCUCCAUCGAUGACUUCUAUAAGAAAGGGGCAAAACAUUUGCCAAUACGGCAGAUAG